AUGUCAACUUUAACAUUCAAAAUUAGCGAUAAUGCUCCCGAUGCUAUACGUAAUUUAUUAUUAUCACGAGGGUGGCAAGAAUUGGAUGAAGACGAUGAAAAUCAAGUUUGCCAUUUAUGGUGGAAAAUUGCACGAUUUCGCUUAAAUGAUAUUCAGCAUGCUCUACCAUGGCAAUAUUUUAAUCAUUUCCCGAAUGCUAACGCUAUUACACGAAAGGAUACAUUAACAAGAAAUUUAAAUCGUAUGAAAGCAACCUAUGGCAACAUAUUUGAUUUCUUUCCUACUACAUUUAAUUUACCCAAUGAAUAUACACGAUUUGUUAACGAAUUUUCACGUCGUCGUUCAUUUGAUCAUCAACAACACAACUUAUGGAUAUGUAAACCGGCCGAUUUAUCACGAGGUCGUGGCAUUUUUAUAUUUAAAGAUUUAAAUGAUUUAACAUACGAUUGUAGUGCAGUUGUUCAACAUUAUAUUACAAAUCCACUGUUAAUUUCCGGUUAUAAAUUUGAUUUACGAUUAUAUGUUGUGGUUACAUCCUUUCAUCCAUUAACAGUUUAUGUCUAUCGUGAGGGAUUAGUACGUUUUAGUACGGAUAAAUUCAACUUAUUAUGUUUAAAUAACGUUUAUUCUCAUUUAACCAAUACGUCAAUUAAUAAGCAUGGGCCAUCUUAUUCUAAGGAUAAAGAUAUAGUCGGCCCAGGUUGUAAAUGGACAUUUAGCCAAUUAUGGAAUUAUCUGCAUAAUCGCAAUAUCAAUAGCAACGACAUCUGGCUUAAAAUUAAUACUUUAGUCAUUUUGACAUUAUUAACCCAAGCACCGACAGUACCGCAAGUAUCCAACUGUUUCGAACUGUAUGGAUUUGAUGUCUUAAUUGAUGAAAAUUUAAAACCUUGGCUAUUAGAAGUCAAUUUUUCACCUGCUCUAUCAUUUGAUUGUCAGGCUGAUCUCGAAGUGAAAAUGCCACUAUUAAAUGAUUUAUUCGAUAUCUUGGGCUUUGGAGAAGUUGAA